AAAAAGGUCUUAUAUUUUAUUCGUUAGCUGUGCUUGCAAAAUAUAAAAGAUGGUCAGUGUCGGAAUCAUCUUCACACAAUUCUCUCAACUGUCUUUAGAAGAGCAGCUCAGAACAACCCAAAACAACAAAAAUGAAAUUCAUCGUCGCUUUCGCUUUCUUGGCCGUGGCCCUCGCCGCCCCUCAAGGGGAUAAGAAGCCCAUAGAAAUUGUGUCAUCCAACAGCGAAAUGAACGCCGACGGCAGCUACUCAUUCGAUUUCGAGUCUGCCGAUGGCACCAAAGUGUCUGAAAGUGGCAACCAGAAACAAGUUGGUCCCAAACCGGAGGAUAUCGGCACCGUGUCCAAGGGCUCCUACUCGUUCACGACUCCCGACGGCGUCGUCCUCACCGUCAAUUGGGUGGCCGAUGAAAACGGAUUCCAGGCCACCGGCGACCACCUCCCCACUCCUCCACCCAUGCCCGAGCACGUCGUCAAGAUGCUCGCAGACCUCAAAGCAGCGGGAGUUCUGUAAAUCAUUCGACAUUACUAACCGGAUGUACAUAACGAGCCAACCAUAUUUUCGUUUAAUCUUCCGCAAUCCAUAAUACGACGAUAAAAUAAAAAAUUGUUUACCA